UGAUCUUCAGUUAGUCUUCGAACUUUUACCGGACCAGUCGUGUCUGCGGCUUCCACCUGCAGCUCGAGCUCAAGCUCUCAGUUCCUCAGUGCGCCUCAAACGUUAACGGAAUUUUAAACAGAUCCAAGAGACCACUACUCGAAGAAAGAAAAGAAACAGAAACUGAAUCAUUUGCAUAAAGCAAAUAGAAAACGAAACGAAAAUAACUCUGGCAAAAGUUAACUUGGAUUUUGAUCGUUGUGUAUCGUUUCCCCAUCGCAUAUCUGAUAUUUCUCGCGCGCCCCUCCAUCGUGUUUGUUUUGAAAGAAAUUAGUGUAACGAUAUUGGGUUGAUCCAACAAAUAAUUGAUAUUUGAUUCGGUGUUUCGGUGAAUCAUGCGAGUCUCAUUGGCACUGUGGGGCACUCUGUGCCUGUGGGUGGUCACGGCGAAUGCACAGGGAUUUAUUCCGCCACCCAAUGCGGGGCAUCAUAAUGCGCCGCCCUUUCACAACGCGCAUCGCCGCCAGCUGAAUCUGCAGCAGUACAAUCAUCAAAACUUUGUCCAGGCUGGCGUCGAGUUGCCCAUUCCUCACCGCCAGAACCAGCAGCAGCAGCACACACAUCUGCAUCACCAGGCACCGCAGCAGCAUCGAUUCGGGCAGUUCGCACAGCAACAGCAGCCAUCUCCCACCCAGCAGCAGCCCCAUGGAAAUCAGCAGUUCCAACGAUCCACCCAGAGUCAGCUGCAAACGGCUCCUCAAUUCCCUCAGCAGCAGCAGACGCAGCAGCAACUGCCCUCGACUUCCAGCAAUCUGGAUCUGCAUCAUCAGAACUUCUUGGACUUGAGAAACUACGCGGGUUCCCAGCAGCAACCACAGCUGCAGCACCCCCAGCAGCAACAACAACAGUUGCCACAACGCCACAAACAAUUUGAUUCCCGCUUGCAGUCCACAGCCUUUCCGCCACAGCCCUCGAGGGAAACCUACCAGCAACAGCAAACCCAACAGCAGUUUGCCUACCAGCAGCCCGGAUCCCAGCAAUUCGUACCCCAAGUUCUGCCUCAGACCACACAGAAGUUGCCCAGCCAGGCGCCCGUGCCCACCUUCCAGACAAUUCCACAACAGACACCGCAUCCAAUUCAGCAACAGCAGCAACAGCAACAGCAACAGCAGCAGCAUGGCCAGUUCAACUAUCAACAACAGCCAGCCCCUCCGCAGUACCAGUUGACACCCCAACUGGGUCUGCCUGUACCUCUCUUCAGCACCUUGCAAUCCACACCCUUCCCAGCGCAGCCCACGAGAGAAGCCUUCCAACAGCAGCCGCAGCAGCAGCAGCAGCAGCAGCAGCAGCCACCCCAAGGUCAGCAAUUCCAGCAUCAAUUUGUAAAUGCUCCCGCUCAGCACCAGCCAGCAGAUCAGGAGUACAAGCAGAAGCUCAUCCAGAAGCACGAGCAGUUUGUGGCCAAGCAGUACGAGAAAUCGCAGCACAAGGUGCGCCAGCAGCAUGAGGAGUUCCUGGUCAAGCAGCACCAGAUCAAGCAGCACAUCUUGCCGACGAUCAUCACCCAGCAUAAUGGCAACUACCAACACUCCCCCUACGUUGGCGGUCCGCAACGUGGCCGCCCGGUGGCACAUCCCACAGACUACAACCAGUUCAGCAGCGCCCUCCAGCAGUAUUACAAAGAGCAUCCAACCACGACAACGACCACGACGACGACGACAACAACCACUGAGGCCACCACAACGCCCAAGAAGAACAUCUAUGCCCAGGUCAAGUCGGAGCUCGGAAAGUUUCCCAUCCAGAAGGGAACCGGCAAGAAGCCUGUCAAGACCUUUGCCCGCGAUGAUCUGUUGAAGCAGCUGAAGGCAGCCCUUUCAGAGGCACCGCAGGAACCGCUGACCGGCAACAAGACCUACGACGAAAUGGAUCUUCUGCUGCCAAAUGGCCAGAGAGUACAGGUCAUCCGCACCACGGACCCCAACCUCGUGCAGGGACAGAAAGCGUAUUCGCAGGAGCAGCUGCAGAACCUGCUAGCCCAACAGGGGCUCGGAUCAGAGGCCAAGUUGAGCCUAAGCGAUGUGGCUCCCAGCAAGAGUAAGGACCUCGAGCUGCCCGGUGGUGGUAAGGUGCAAAUUCUGCGCUCCCCAGAUCCACAGGAGUCCGAUACCCUCCCAACAGGAUCGCUGCCCGGCGGUGUAGAUCUGUCCAGUCUUUCAGCUCUCUAUGGCGGUGGAGCAGGGGACAUACAGGGAAUUAGCAGUGGAGCUAACAGCAUUGCCAGCUCUGCAGUUAUCACUUCAGAUUCCGAUGAGCCACCCUCCCUGGAGGAGCUGGCCAAGCGCGGACUCAUUCCCGAUGGCUAUGAGAUCGAGGGUCUGACCCCAAAGGCAACGCCUGCGCCUGCUCCGGUGCCAUUGCCGGCCAAGAAGAAGGCCACCUACGUGUACCUCGAGGAGCAGGCCGAUGGCAGCUUUAAGAUCCAAGGAGUCAAGGCCAAUGGUGAGAAGGAGACCAAGCAGACUGGCGCCGAAGUCGAGAGCAUUCUGGAGCGUAUCAGGAGCGGUGAGAUCAAGCUGCCGCCUUCUGUCUCUCGACUAACCCUGCCCAACGAUGAGCUGGUGGAGAUCAAGAGCGGAAAGAUCAUCCAGACCACCCGUGCACCACUUACAACGACCACCACCACAACAACCACCACAACCACCACUCCGGCUCCAUUCGUUUCCAGCGGCACGCCGACCAAUCAUCGCCAGUAUCAUCCCUCUAGGACUUCGACCACCAGCACAACCACCAGUGCACCCUACACACCCCGCUACAGCCCCAUCUACGAGAGCAGCACCACCAAUGCGGCAGCUGCGAGUCUAAUCCGCACCACACCCGCUCCAGUGUACAGCUCUUCGCCGGUUACCGCUUCUUCGUAUCUGGGAGGAGGCUCCGUCUCUACUCACCUUCCGGUGGUUACCGAACGUCUCUCGGAUCUAGCCCACACACAGGAGCUGUUGCCACCUGCGCCUCAGUAUGCUGACGCCCUUGUCCAGGAGACCGAGAAUACAGAGAAGGCGGCCCAGGCUGGUCCGGGUGCAAGCUCCGUCCUCUCCAAUCCAAGCGAGGAUCUGCUGCAGAUAUUGAAGUCGAACGGACUGUUCGCGAUGGCCAAGUACCUCCGCCAGUCGGGCUUGGAUAGCAUUUUGAACGAGACAGGACCCUACACCAUCUUUGUGCCCACUGACAAGGCCUUCAAAAAUCUCCUGGUACAGUUGGGUGGACCCGAGCGCGCCGAGGAGAAAUUCCAAUCCAAUCCAAGGCUACUGAGUGGGCUAUUGCUCCACCAUGUGAUCCCCGGAGCCUUUGAAAUUGCAACGCUGCAGGACGAGAUGACGGGCGUGUCCCUGGCUGGAACCCAACUCCGCGUCAAUCAGUACAAUAUGCACGACCAGGAGUGGAAUGAUGUCACUCUCACCACUAUCAAUGGAGCCAUGGUUGUGCUGAAUAAGAAGGAUAUUAAGAUCCCGCAGGGAGUGGCUCAUGCCGUGGAUCGUGUCAUGUUCCCACUGCCUGUAGGGGAUCUUCUGCAGACUCUGCAAUCUGAUCGCGAGGGUCGCUUUAGCAACUUCCUCAAGAUCCUUUACACCUCAGGACUGUCCGAGAAGCUGCAGAGCAAGGGUGUAAAAACGUACACUGUUUUCGCUCCUGUGGACAAGAGCUUCAGUGAAUUGGAUUCGGACACGCUGGAGAAGCUCUACAACGAUAAGGAAGCCGCCGAGCAGUUUGCCAUGAAGCACAUAGUACCUGGAGCUCUCUUCUCCGCCGGUAUGCGUUUCUACCAGGUUAAGGACUCGCUAUACACGGGCAAGACCGUGAUUCUACAGAAGACGUCUGCUGGGAAGAUCAAGGUGAACGAUGCCCAGAUGGUGACGUCCAACAUCCCCGCCACCAAUGGAGUUAUUCACGCCUUGGACGGCGUUCUUGCGUGAAGAGAUUAAGAACUGGCCAAGGAGAUUAUAUCGGCCUUGUUAUCGCGGUUUUUCGUUUAGCCUUAAGACUUAGAUUAAGCGAGGAGGAGAAGGAGCCUUCAUCAACCACAUCCAAAAUUAUUAGUGAAAUCUUGCCAACGCCUUGGGAGGGCCAAACAAAUUGCCGUCUUUGGACAAAUGGUGCAAACCCGCAAUGAGACAUGAGCAGAUGUACACAAAGAUUUGGUGCUUCCAUGAACUGUCCUGUAUUUUUCUUUUUCGCCUACAUAAAACAGUCAUUACAAAUAGUUCAAUUUAAGAGAAGAGAAAACAUGUGUAAAAAUCCAAGAGUAUGGAAACAGAAUGGGAUCUAAUCUAAGUUCAUAUCUAAUUUAUUAUUUUGGCAUUACUUUAAAUGCAAUUUAAUUUACUAAAUUCUGUAAAAUAAACAAUAAAUA